ACUGGUUCGAGCCGGGCCUCGCUCACCCCUUCCUUGGGCUCCAGACCGUCAGCGUCCGCGACGCCGCCAAGCCCAUCCCCAAGCUCUGGGUCGAGGACGUGGAGGUGCAGAUCGAGGGAGAUUUUCGAGGUGACGAUCUCGAUGCCGUCGGAGAUGUUAAGAAGGACGGCGUGAGUCUCCAGGAGGGCAAGAUGAGGUUCCGUGAGGCUCUGGAGCGCCUGGACCUCAGCGAGACCUGCGUGAUGCACCCGAAGGUCAACACGUUUGACCAGCACCAGCUGGGGCUGGAGAAGCGACGCGUGAAGCAGGAGCUGAAGCGAUACGACUCGGACUUCCGGCAGCAGGCGGGGCGGCUGCCGACCCACACCGAGAAGGAGCCCAUGCGGCCCCUCUACGUGUACUACCGGCGGCUGAAGGUCCUGAUCUCGCAUGGGUCGAAGUCGGGCCGACGAGCAGCGAACAGCGACGACGAGGGCGCCGGAUCUCAGCCGCUGGGCUCCGUGCGGGAGUCGCUCACGCCGAACAGGGACGGCGCCUCCAGGGGCAGGGGAGGCGGCGACCCGGGCCGUGCCGGAAGCGCAGAGGACCAGAUCACCGCCCUGGAGGACCGCAUCUGCUCGCUGCAGAGCGACAAGAGCGCUGUGAGGGCGAAGCUCCAGGCGUUCCAGGAGAAGUUCGUGGCCGAGAACAACCGGGUGAUCAAGUACCACAAGGACCGACAUCCUUCCCGUCGAGCGCGAGUACCGGAUGUACAAGAACCUCAAGGAGGAGGUGGCGAAGGCGGAAUCUCAGCUGCGCGAGCUGCAGCGCGGUUAGGGUUGACAUCCAGAAGCGGUUCCCCUGACCAUGGACCGUCCCGUGGAGCGGCCCUGUGCGCCGAAGCUUGGUGGUACGGAUGA